ACGUCCAGAUAACGCGAUACGCGCUGGAUUUCUGGAGGGGGUCGCUCAAUGCAGUAAAGCAUUGUGGAAAAAACCUCUGAAGACUAACGGAGUACCUUGCUAAGCUGACUUUCUUCCGUUUUAAACCACUUUGGACACUCUUUGUUUUAAGUGACUCUUCAACCCAGAGAUGAGUUUUGAUCAACCUCCUCCAUACCCAGGUGGUGGCCCAAGUGCUCCAGGCUACCCAGUCCAAUGCCCUCCUCAACAAGGGUACCCUCCCCAGGGUUUUCCUCUACAGCAGCCUAAUCCAGCUUAUCCCGACUACCCUCCUGGACCAAUGGGCCCUGGAGGUCCAUAUCCAGGCCCAGGACAACCUCCUUAUCAAGGAUACCCUGGGCAGCCACAGUAUGGCUGGCAGGGUGGACCCCCUCCUGGGCCUAUGUAUGGAGAACCUCCCAAAAACACAGUGUACGUGGUGGAAGACAGGAGGAGGGAUAAUACAGAGGACACGUGCCUGACAGCCUGCUGGACAGCUCUGUGUUGCUGUUGUCUCUGGGACAUGUUGACAUAACGCUAUUCCCCUAAUGUUUACUCCUACAACUCUCUUGCCGCCAUCUCUAUGCCUCGAUCCCCCUGCCCCAUUCCCCCCAUCUGCCUUAACCCCCCUCUUUACAGUGCCCUCUCCAUUUCCUCAGUAAGUCCUGCACUCGUCUAUUAAAGUCUUGAUCCCUUAUAGAAGCCUUGUCUCAGAGCCACUUCUACCUUGAUGUGAAGCCCUCAGUACUGACACUCCGGUCCACCAGUUUGACUGUAGCAGCCUGCUUCUAAACAUAACCAUAAUUUCAGACUCUUUACUGAAGUUAUGCACCGACACACAACAGGUGCAUAUGCACACACCAAGGUAGAUACACUAUAUAUACAUACAGCGCAUACAUACAGUAUAUAUGGAUCUCAGGCUCAUCUAGUGUGAUGUCCUUUAGCACUUUACAAUAAUUACCUCUGUAAAAAAAAAAAUACUCCUGCCUGCCUGUUCACUCCUUCAUAACCCCUCCCUAAAGCCUCUUAAGAUAUGUUGUCUUCAACGCCUAAGGACUGUUCCUUAUUCUGGGCUUCGCCCCAAUGUCCGCCAAGACCCUGGCUGCUAAUGAGCCUCAGGGUGAUCUUCAAAAUCUGAUGCUUGAAAUGUAACGCUUUUUUAUUUCUUUUUCUUUUUUUUUCGAAUGUCUGUCUUUGGAUAUAUUCAAAUAAAAAUAAAUGCAGUUUUUAAAAAGACAAUGAUUUUAAGUUUGAUUACUGUAACAUUUUAUGGCUGCAAUUUCUUCUAAUAUUCUUAUUACAUAACCUGGGGUAAAAAAAACUGUGAUUGCAAACUGGAAGAAACAUUGUUAUCUGUUAGAUGCCUUUUUUUGCUUUGAAUGAGAGACUUGCAUUAAAGUAAUUUAUUGCCAUAA